UUGAAGUUUGUAAUCCCGGACCCCUGGCGCAUUAAAUGUGUGUAUGUGUGAGAGAGAGAGAUUGUGUAGAUUAGCAAGGGAAUUAAGUUGCUUACCUGAAAUAUAUGGUGUCCUAUAUCUCCAGAAUCAAUUGGAAUGUCCAACAAAAAAGCCUGAUACAUGAAAGGACGGACAGACAGACAGACAGACUGCGUUUCUACCACACUUGUCAACACCUUGAUUUACUCCCAAAUUGUGAUUAGAUUAAUGACAGCACUAAAAAACACAGUGGGUUGAGUUAGGUUGUCUUGAAUAACACCCACAUUUUUGAAUCAGGCCAGAAUUAAUUAUUGUUUCUAUUUUUUUAUAUGGGUUUUGUAUCCUAUCUGAUCUAUGGAAUGCCCAUUUGAAUGUACUGCACCAUUGUCAUUGUGAUUGUUCUCCAUGAACAUAAAACUUGCUAUUGCUGAGGGCUAUCCAUAUGACAGUGAUUUGGCUCUUUCAUUGUUGAUUCUCUCUAGUCUACAUUAUAUUAUUAGAAGAAACCCCUGCCUCUGCUCCUACUGCUUCUGCUUCUGCUUCUGCCCAUUUACAGAUUCCUCCCAGGCUCCAACAAACCGCCCCUUCCUUUCUCCUUCUCAGAGCAGUAGUCAGGUAGCAUGUUUCAGUAGGAUCUGAAGUCAUAACAGAAGGAAACCCAUCUGCACUCCCUUUUACACUCUCCAAGAGCAGAGGCGGCCCUAUAUACUAAUUACCUUAAAAAUAGUAAUAUUUGGUCAUUCAAGGCCGAGACAAGUGGGGUAUGUUUUUCUAAUAUGCUUUAGGGUUUAUAUCCACAAGAAGCAAAACAACAUAAUAAUUACCGAUGGAUGGGGGUGAUGUAAGAAGGGUUUUAGGUAUAAAGGAAGGAGGACAAGUGGAAUAAUACUAGUAUUAACCUGAUUGCAAAUGAAAAACCAGCAUCUUGGGCCCUUUUGCAUGGAUCACUUAUUCCCAUCUUGAGGGGUGCAAAGCCAACAAAUCUCAAGUGUGUCUGGUAGUCUUUGAAUCCUUGGUGUUCCCAUUUUGGGGAAUGCAGUGGGCUUGAGCAAAAUCGGGAGCUUAUUGAAUCUAGAGAGAUCAGUGUAUGUAUGGGAGUAGAGACAAUGAACCAUCACAGCAGUGGAACGCAAAUGCAAAUGCAAAUGCAGAUGCAGAUGCAGAUUCAUGGGGCCAGGCCUCCUUUCACCCCAUCACAGUGGCAGGAACUGGAGCACCAAGCAUUGAUCUUCAAAUACAUGGUGGCUGGAAUCCCUGUGCCUCCUGAUCUUCUGGUUCCUAUCAGGAAAAGCUUGGAGGCUAUCUCUGCAGGCCUUUUUCAUCCACAUCAUCAUCCUCCAGAUAUGCCUUGGAGCAGUACAUUCCAGUUGGGGUACGGAAAAAACUGUGACCCAGAGCCUGGCAGAUGCAGGAGAACAGAUGGCAAAAAGUGGCGUUGCUCAAAGGAUGCAUUUCCUGAUUCAAAGUACUGUGAACGCCAUAUGCAUAGAGGCAGAAACCGUUCAAGAAAGCCUGUGGAAACACCUCACGCUUCCUCCCAUUCUUCAUCUCUAACUCUCUCAACUACAGCACGCCCCACUAAUAACAACAGCAGCAGCAUAUCCUCCAACACCAACAACUCACACACUUUCAGCUCACCUGGUCCUUAUUCUUCUUCUUCCAGACUUGGUGGUGCAGGAAUAGUUGUACAGCCAAACACCAAUGUCAACCAUUUCAACCUGGAUUCACCCUCCUUCGCAAGAGAUUACAGGUACAUGAAAGGGGACAUGGAUGAGCAUAUAUUUUUCUCCAGUGAGGUCUCAGGAACAGCCUCCAGAGGUCUAGGGAUCGAUUCCCAAUCCCUGCUCAGCUCUACUUCUUCCGUGGAUGCUGGCUGGCGUUCCAUGCAGCCUCAGCCUUCGCCCAAAGUGAAUGCUUUGUUCAAUAGUUUUCCCAAACAGCAACACCAACAUUCUUUUCUAAACAGCAGUUUUGGGGGCACUGUAAAAAUGGAAGCACAAGAUCAUGAUGAAGACAAUGCACAAGAACAGGAUCAUGAACAUGAACAACCUCUUCGACAUUUUUUUGAUGACUGGCCUGCAAGAUCAAGGGAUUCUUCUUCCGGGCUUUCAUGGUGUGAUUUGGAGGAGAGGUGCAACACCAGCAGUACUCAUGCCAAUCGGGCUAGUGCCACUAGUUCCUCCACUACCCAGCUUUCCAUUUCAAUUCCAAUCAACUCCUCAGAUUUCUCAGCAUCUAAAAGUAAGUAAGAAAUCAAAAUCACUGGUUUUUUUUAUCAAUCUCCCAAACGGUUUGAACUUCUUCUGUUCUUCUUCUUUUUCUUUAUGUAGUAGUUGCUAUCUACGCUCUUGAACUUUGCAAAAAAACAUUCAGUCUCCUAUUUCCUAUUUCCUUCCCAAUGCACUGACUCUAGUACAAUUAUAAUCCAACAGUAGCAAAGAGAAUGCAGUGCAGUGAUGGGGAAUAUGAUUAGUUUGAGACAGUGUUGAAUAUUGUAUAUCGACUUCUGAAACUGGCACAAAUAAUCAUGUUUUUUAAGUUAUAUGUAUUGAAGAGAUUUUUGAA